AUGGUGAAAUCCACAACUGGUAUUCCGUUAGAUGUAACUUAUGGCAGCCAAAACUCCAUCACCAGUGUCACUUCUGCGAAUCUCUUUGCUGAGUUCUUCCGUAGCGUUUUCGAGCAUGCUGAGGUUCCUCCGUCGCAGCUGUAUGUUGAUCAAUUUCCAAACUACGAUAUUCGCAUGCAACAGCCUCAAUUCAGUCGCGUCGAUAUUUUUGAAGCUCUUCGAUCGGUUGAUGCAUCGAAAGGUCCAGAUCCGGACUAUAUUCCACCAUCCUUCGUCAAGAACUGUGCAGCAUCGUUAGCCACCCCCGUCAUGCUUAUAUUUAACCACUCCCUUAUGGAUGGCAUUUUUGCGGAUGUUUGGAAGCUGGCAUCAACCACUCCGAUCUUCAAGGCUGGUAAUACGUACAAUGUGGAAAAUUAUCGACCCAUUUCGAUCUUGAGCUGUUUGGCUAAGGUGCCAAGAUGUAUUCAGCUGUUCGGUUAA